CACAAUCGUAAAAGUAAAAUUACACUUCAGAAAAUUCUAAUUGUUUAUAUAACAGGAAGAUAGCAAUCAAUUAAAGUUAAUUAUCCUACAAUUAUUAACUGUACUUAAAAUUUAACUGUGCAAAUUGAUUGGCUAGAUAACCGCAUGUAAAUGGUACCACCGUUGGCUCCACCGUGAUUGGUUAAAUUUGGCUCCGGCAGCAAGUUGAUCGGCACCUCCUUCCUUUCGGUGGAUAUAACGAAGGGAGAGUCGAUGUUAGAUGGAUUUUUCUCAUCGUCCGCGAUAUUCCCGUCGAAUUCCAUCUAAAAGUACAAGGAACCUUGCCAGAAAUCGACGAAAGUUCGCCAAGUCGGAUUCAAAAUGAACGCGCAAAGUCGUUUGAGAGCCGCUGAUUCGCACACUAGUGAUAAAUUGGUGAAUAAAGAAAAAUUUUAGCGGGCGAUAAUAAUAGCACGCGGUGGAGUAAAUAAUCAACAAAUUUUCAUUUUCUCCGCUCACUGAUUGAUGUUAACUGGGAUUACCAAAAACCCCUCCUCUGAAUAAUGCAGCGUGUGUGAUGGAGGAAAUUAUCUAAAUUUUUGAUGUAAUAAAAUUCAUACGUUUAUAAAUCCUUUCCUAUAUGAUAAAAAGACCUUGGCCGUAUCAAUUGCAAGUCUAACAAAUUAUUUAAUUAAGUGAACAACAUGAUAAUUCUAAAAGAAGACUCUGUGUUAAUAUUUGUUCGUUUAAUGAAAGACUAUAAAUGGCACGUAGAUUAAUAAUUAGAGAAAAUGGUAAACAUUUAUUUUAAGUAUAAAUAAAUUCUUUUUUUAUCUCUUUACCUUCCACACGUAGUAAUUCUUCUAUUGUUCGGGAGUCAUUGUACUUACUUCGUUACUACUGCACAAUUGAUUUUUAAACCGAUUUUAUUAUGUUAUUGAAGCCAAUUGAUUAAAGGUUAUUGAUUCACAAAAACAACGACACGUGUCUUUACUACGUACAUGUUCUGUUUCUUCCUUAAUUAUCGCAACGAGAGCGGCCCGAAAUUCGGUUAAAAAUGCACUUCAAUAAACAAACUUCCUCAACGAAGUGUUUAAAAACCGUUGAACGUAAUGAAAGCAAGGCUGUCGUAAAUGAUAAGAUUGUAUAAAUUAUUUUAUGUAUGUAAAUAAUUUUCUAUUAUGUGUGAAUAGACGAUCGGACUUAAUUUUCAUUUUGUUUACUUAAAGAAAUGAGAGCGAAAUGAGAGCGAUAUUUUGCGAUGCUGAUAUCGCCGAUUCAAUUAUCUCAAAAGGUACAAAAUCGAUUGAAAGGGAACAAUUUUAGUGGACUCUAUAAGAGGUUUAUAACACCUUGAAUUUUACGAUUUUUUGAAUCCUUAAAGGGUAAAGUCAAGGUACCUAAAAGGGGGAUGAAAUUGAAUUGAAACACCGGGAUUUUCCCUCGCCAGAUGAGGAAGGAAACAUUCAAAAUCAGAAAUCUCGGCUAAAUGUUUUUCUCGAUUAUCAACCGUUAUCAGGACGGAGAGCAAACAUUCGUUGAUUGAGCAAACGGCGAAGACGAGUCGACUAAUUCAUGCUUAAAUAAACGUCAAUAAUAUUAAAAAAACAGAGCGGUUCCUUCAAGGUCCUUGAAUGCUUUGAACGUAUGUACAAAUUCGAGAUACCUGUUAUCAAGAUACUCUCGUUUAAUUGUAUUGUGAAGAUGCGUCGAGCACUUUCUCACAUCAGGGCUCGCGAAGUGAGCGAGACCUAACAGUUUCAUCACACUCUUAAAAAAUAACUAGGCAUUAGGUUUGUCACCGACAUACUUUUACAACCUUUAGUACUUAGGUAAUAUUUGUGGCUAAGUAGUAUUAUCGUAAAAACAAAAACUUGUUGGGUAAUGCUACUUAAUAUCAUUUUUGUUAAUUGUCCAGGCACUAAUUUGUAGGAAAAUAACGGUUACCCAUUCAGUGGAUCUAUUAUAAGCUAGCGAACUUUUUACAAUAUAUUUCACAUUAAAUAACGACGUAUUUCCCGCUAUCAUUGCUCUUGAGCUUUCGUGUUAAUGAUGAACUGAUAAACAGCAUUGUUCAAGAACGCUAUAUUUGUUAAUAAAUUGUUAUCGACGAAUCCUCUUCACGGCUCUCAAGAGAAUACAGAUUUCGUUGUGAUAAGAUAGAUUUUUUUAUGUAGUCCGCAAUCAGCGUUUCAUGCUGGUUAAUUUCAUUAGUAGUAUAGUAAAAGUGCAGAGCGACAUCAUGGAGCAAAUAGGGGCCAGUUGUAUAAGUUUAAACAAUAUUAGGAACGAUGAAGAAAAUGAAACCAAAACGGAAAAGCUCAUUGCGAGCAGUAAAUCUCUUAGCUCACACGAAGAAAACAUUAGUUUAAAAGGUCUAUUUCCACAGAUUAUAGCAUCUCUUAUAGCAGCAGCAUUUCACAUAGGUAACGGAAUGGCCAUGUCUUAUUCGUCAGUGGUAAUAUCUCAACUGGAAAAACCAGAUAGCGAUAUCAAACCAACAACAGGGGAGAAAGCUCUAAUUGCUAGUAUUCUAAUAUUAGUAGCACCAUUAGCAUCCGUUUUUUGCGGGGUCAUUAUGGAUAAAAUCGGUAGAAUAAACACCAUAAAAACCGCAAUGGUACCGGCUGUUGUGGGCUGGUGUUUGACCGCCCUAGCCAAAAACACGACUGUAUUAAUAACCGGUAGAGCAUUAGUAGGAAUAGCUUCAGCGUUCGGCACCAGCCCGGCCAUCGUCUACAUAGCGGAAAUAUCGAACCCCAAAAUGCGAAUGUCCUUUCUGCAGCUGUGCCCCACCUACGUGGCGCUCGGGAUGAUCUUCAUUUACCUGGGCGGCUGGUUCAUGCACUGGAGGCUGCUGGCCUGGGUGAGCAACGUUUUCGCCAUACUGCCUUGUCUGGCGGUCUUCUUCAUACCGGAGAGCCCCAUGUGGCUCAUCAUGAAAGGCAGAGUAAAGGAGGCCAAGAACUCGCUCAAUUGGUUGCACAAGUACCAACCGCCUAUACCGGGCAAAGACGAGACUUUUGCCGAUAUCCAAUUCAAAUUGCUGAAGAAGGAGCAGGAGGAGAAUUCGGAAAAGUCGAAGAACAAAGGCACUGUAAUGGACAUUGCAAAGGAGUUUCUCAAACCUACUGGUUACAAACCCCUCAUCAUUUUGUUGCCUUUAUUUUUCUGCCAACAUUUCUCGGGUGUCUACAUCACGAUGUUUUACUCUAUAACCUUUAUUGAGGAAGCCGGAACAAACGUCAGCGGUUACUUCGCUUCGAUCAUGAUCGGCGUUAUCAGAUUAGUAAUGGCAUCCUGCAACAUUUUCGUCUUGAAAUACAUGAACCGCAGAACAACCAUCAUGUGGAGUUGCUUGGGAAUGGCGGUGUGCAUGUUCACCUCCGGUCUUUUCACCUUGUGGAUAAAAGAAGGUCAAACAACAGCGAAAUGGGUGCCAGUGGCCGCCCUCCUCCUGUACGUGGUGUUCUCGGUGGUCGGGCUGAUGUUCCUGCCGUUCAUGGUGAUUCCGGAACUGUUCCCGCAGGAAAUCAGAGGCACGGGCUACACCAUCGGCUACAGCCUCUCCACUGCCUUCAUGUUCGCCUCGCUGGAGAGCUACUACUUCCUGAACGAAACUCUCGGAGGCGCCACCAAUUUGCAAUGGUUCUUCGCCAUCGUCUGCCUGGCCGGUUUGGUUUACACUUACAUGUUCCUGCCGGAAACCAAAGGGAAGAAACUAAUCGACAUUACUACCAAUUUCCAGAAGGGCUGGCUGUACAUAGGGAAAAGCCACAAGGAGGAUAACGUUAAUAAUAAUGUUUAAAUUGUAAUGUAAUAAACGUAUUAGAAAACC